UAUUGCAAUGAAAAAUUGCUUUUUGUGUCUGCGAAUCGACACGGAAUAUAAUAAAUUUAUUCGUGUACAAUCUCCACAAUGGUUACAGUUGGAUAUUAUAAAUAUAGUAGAAAAACAUUUCUGGCCACUUGACAACUCGGAUUAUGUGUACGGAAUAUGUGAAACAUGCUGGUCACAAUUAUAUGAUUUUCAUAAAUUUUAUACAACUAUAGAAGAAGCUCAUGGUAAAAGUAUUCAAAUUGAUAUAAAAGAUAAUUGCAUCUUAGAUAUGGAAGUACAAGAAAUGACUCCCCGAAUAUUAAAAAUUGAGUCAAUAUCAUCAGAAGAAUUUAUUUUACCAAACAAUGAAAUUGUUGAAAAUAUGAAAAUUGAAGAAAGUCGUAUGCCUACAAUAACUGUGAAUAAUGAUAUGGAGUCUAUAAACACAGCACAGACUAAAAAGAAAAGAGGACGUCCUCGUAAAAUACGAGACAUAAUGACAGUGUUAAACAUUAAACCAAAAGGUAAGCGUGGACGCCCACGUAAAUAUGCUAUAGAGAAAAGUGACUUAAAUACAAAUGCCAUCUCUUCUUUCCGGAACGGAUCAAGGACCACUUAUCCGAUAAUUGUCAACUUCGAUAAUCAUCAGAAAAUAACUGGUGCUACUAAUUCACGAUAUUUAGAAACUCCUCUCAUAAAAACUAGUAACAAGGGUCGUCCUCCUAAGAAACGCCGAGGUCGACCACCUAAGGUGCAAUUAAAUGAAAUUAUAAACAUUACAUCUACAGGUGAUGAGAUAGCAAAUUCUCCCAACGAAUCAUUAGUGAACACACAGUGCUCAAUAGUCCAAUUGAUCACAGAUUGUCCCAUAGUUAACUCAGAGAAUUUGUCAACAGGCGUGUCUUCAAAUUUAAAUGACAAACAAAAGCAUAAGACUAAAGAAUUUGAAUAUAAGCAAAAUAAAUUUAAGAAAAAGCGACAGCGAAUACAGCAACACAAAGCUCUAAUGCGAAAUUAUAUAGCUACAAGUGUGCGAUGCAUGAAAUUCUUAAAAAAAUAGUUUUUGUUGUUUCCAUGUUUAUAUUAAAGAAAUUUGUUUGUAUUGAUUAAAAA